AUGGCUCUUCAACUCGACAAUGGCGUGUCCGCAAAGCAGGUGGCGGACAUGGGAGCCAAGGUCGUCAGUGGCUGGUAUGGCUACUGCAGCGACGACGACAACAGCCUCAAGGAUAAACUCGUCAUGGCCAUCUGGGAGAAGACUACCGUCAUCUCCUUUGCAAUCAACUUUCUGAACGACUUCUUCUCGAAUCCGGCCACGGCGGAACUGUGGAAGGACGAGGCUUUUACCACGACGAAGGAGCUGGUUGAGGCUUGCUGGAGAUUGUAUUCAGAGUUGAACACUUGCCUGGAGAGAGCGAAAGACGAGAAGCCGCCUUGGCCAUUCCGCCACAUGAGCGUUGAAGAGAUUUGCGCAAAGGUGGAUUGCUUGCACAGUGCGCUGGUGCUGCUUCGCUUCCUGCUUGAGAAGGCAUCGCAGAGGGGUAAAGGAACGCUGGAUGCGCAGGAACUCAGAGCAGUCCAGCAUCGCCUGGAUGACGUCGCCGCAGGCAUUGCAGAAUACGAAAAGGUUCUGGUUGGCGACCUAUCGAGCUACUCGCCGGUGGAGCAACGAAGCUCCUGCUGCCUGUACUUUGAUCACAUGGUCAGAUCCCCUCGAGAAGCCCGUAUGACCAUGGAAACCGUCGAGAUUUGUCUUCCUCAGACCGAACACCCCUCAGAAACGGUGAACCAGAGCCCUGGACUGGAGACUCCGAAGGAAGAAAGACCGAUGUCUCCAGUCCCAGCCGAAGACGACGAUGUGGCUUCGCUCCCUUCAUCAGAACUCGACAAGUGCAUCAUUUACCUUGAGGAGCUAUUGCAGCAGCUGAAGGUGGUGCAGAAGUCCGGGGACCUCGAUUCGCCGCAUGACUUCGCCGCCGAGUACACGCAGACGAGAAAAGCGCUCGACAACUUGAUUCUGGGCGAAAGGCAGCCGAAACCUCCUCCGUCAAGAAGACAGUCGUUCCAGAUGACCCCGGUGAAGGCUUACCUCCGUCGCGCAAAGUACUCAUGGAAAGAUUGGCUUCUACUCGGGCCCAUCAUGAAGCCAAAGAAGGAAAGCCUCACGAUCGCCGAGUUGCAUGAAGGGGACCAAUGCCCUUUCCCCAGCUGCGGCGCUCAUCUUACGCCCUCGAAUGAAGCCGCACCGUCGGACGCGAAGGAGGAGCUGGAGCAGUGCAACGAGAAACGGGUUUUCAAAAUCCCAGGAUACAUGACAAACGACACGGCCACAGCGCCCGGAGAAGAUGGCACUCCGUCGUCCAGACUGCUCAGUCCUGCACCUGAUCGGCCCGCCACCCUUUCAUUCACGACCAUCUACACGGAAGAUGACGACUCGUCGUCCUGCCACUCGUGCUCCUCCAACGAGUCUGCAUCGAGCUUCUGCGUGGUCGGCGAGGGGUCUUCAAAGGGGCAAAGCCCCGCGCUCGGAAAAGGCGCACUGCCUUCAGCCGCGCAGAUGCCUUGGGCGCUGCCCGAAUGCAUCCGCAGCAUGCCAAAGACGGCAAACGACGCGUUGCAUCGGUGGACGACGCUGCUGGAGUGA